AUGGACGGAUGGAUAUUUGUUCUCAGUUACAUAAUGUCAAUGCGAUAUCUUUCAGGCUACCAUGAGAUUGGUAUGAAAGGUUAUCAAUAUAGAAAAUUCCUGAAAGUCGCCACUGGUAAUUCCAUGGUGUUUGAAAUAAGAAAUAAUAGGACAUCUAAUAUAGGAUUGUUUGACGACAAUCAUUUACUAUACGAAUUUUCAGUUGGACCAAGCAAAAUCAACAUUCGCCAAUGUGCCAAAAGCUGUCAAGGAACGGUUGUUAACGUAAACACAACAUUAAAUUUGAUAAAACCCACUGCUUAUUGGAUACAGUGGUAUGAGACUGGAACAGAGAUUGGACUUGGUAAGAUCGUUGGAGUGAAUGAACUAGCUUCAAGAGCUGACUCUCGGACCGGAUUAAAUAUUCAGUAUAUGGGAUUUUCCGGCCAAAGAACUAUCCUAAAAUUAACAGAUAGCUCUGGAUAUUCGUGUGAAAAUGGUUUGACAGUUGCAACGACUAAUCUGGAUAAAUUGCGUUAUACCAGAUCUUUUCUAGAUUGUGCAAGAUACUGCAAGGGAAAAGGAUAUAGUUCUGCUUUUAUAUAUUCUAAAAAUAAUGGUGCUUGUUUAUACAUUGCUAUGUCUGCGGAAUAUGACAAAGUUUCUGAUGUGCUCUUUCCAUUCAAUAUUAUUCAAAAUUCCACAUGGAAAUUGUGUUUCCAUUCUUCCCUUUAA